UAGACUUUAGACUGAUGGAGAGAGGAAUGAGAGACAUUACAGUAAAGGAGAGUCGAGGUACUGUACAAUCAAAUAAAAACAAGAAGUUCCGCCCUGCUAUGCCAAAACGCAUCCCACUUUGAGAUGGAGGAGGGGAAUUUAGAAGAGUACCAGUAGAGAUUGAAGACCAGCUGUGCCUGCUUACUGUACUUACUUCACACACUGGAGUCCAGCUGGAGUAUAUAAACCAAACGAAAGCAAGACCAAUAUCCUAACGGAGGAAAGAAAGUGGAGAAGGCCCAUCGGAAACAUGGAGCCAAUGGCAAAGGUGAAAAGGGUCCUCGAAAGAAAUCCAGGCAAAAUUGCUGAUGGCUGUUUAAGGGUUGGAGUAUUUUCCAAUGGAUUUUGUACCUUGAAUUGUUCAAAGCUGCCUGCAGUUAGAUCCAUUGAGGAAGAUGAUGAAUAUGAUGCCAGGACAGCAAAAGAUGCAAGCUUUGAGAAAGAGAUACUGAUGAACCCACCAAACAAUUCAGAGCACUGUAUGACCCAGCUGAUGAGAAGCCUUACCGUAGAGGAAUAUGCAAAAGCCUUCAAGUCAUUUUUAGAUCAUUCAACUGAACACCAAUGCAUGGAACAGUUCAAUCAGAAGGAGCUGCCAAGUAUAGUAGCCGGUCUUGGAAAUGGAAAAUCCACUAUCCAUGUGCUAGGUGUGGGAAGUGGCACAGGUGAACAAGAUUUGAAAAUGAUUAGGAUUAUCCAGUCCAAGCAUCCAGGAGUCCUUGUUAAAAAUGAUGUCAUAGAGCCCAACCCACAACAUAUUCUGGCAUACAAAGAUGCAGUUAGGAAUUCUUCUGAUCUGAAGAAUGUCUCAUUCACAUGGCACCAGUUGACAUCCAUGGAAUAUGAAAAGCAGUUGAAAGAGCAGAAUAUGCAAAAGAAAUAUGACUUCAUACACCUGAUCCAGAUGCUGUAUCGUGUGGAGGAUAUUGCAAACACUAUCAUGUUUUUCCACAGCUGCCUCGAUUGUUAUGCUAAACUUCUGAUUAUAAUUGUAUCAGGUCACAGUGGAUGGACUUCUAUAUGGAAGAAUUACAGAGACUGCCUUCCGCCAACUGACAGUGGCCAUUACAUCACAGCCGAUGACGUCAAAGUUGUCUUGGAAGGAAUGGGAGUUAAAUACCAGGUGUAUGAUUUUCCUUCUGCUUGGGAUAUCACUGAAUGCUUUGUUGAUGGAGAUCAUAUAGGGGGUCAUAUGCUGGACUUCCUGACUGGAACAAAAGACUUUAUGAACACUGCACCUCUGGAUCUUAAGCAGCGCCUCCGACAUGCCCUGGGCCAGCCAGAGUGCAGCACCAAGAAAGAUGGAAGGGUUUUUUUCAGAAAUGAUCUGAGCAUGAUUGUAGUCAGCUCCUAAUAAUAGUAGAGAUUGUUUUCAAUUGUGUUGACAUAGGUGUAGAGCAAGCAUAUCUGUGGAAAAUCAGUUGUGAAGUUGGGAGGAAACUUUUUCAGGACUGCAGAAAGGUGGAGGAGAAAGAAGGACUAAGUAUGAAGCCUCAUAGUCACUGAGAAUGGAAAGCAAAUGCAUGAGCAGAUCCUUUGAGGCUACCAUAGGGUGAGUAACACUGGCUUAAACGCAGCCCUUGAGGCAAAGGAAAGAGUCACAUCAGAUAGCCUGAUUUGCAUUGAUGGCAUCUAUAAAGUAGGGAAAUAAAUAUACUAAGCUUGCAAUCAAGUAAAAGACUAAAAGCUUAUUAUGUUAAUGUAGAGGGAAUCAGAAGUACAUGCCUCACUUAAUGAACUGCAUGUAAUUAAGCAAGUUGGAUAGCUUCAGCAUUGUGUGUACAACAUCUUCGUGGUAUGUGAUUUCUGGUACUUUGUUCAACAAAUAUUUUGUCCUACAGCACAUUGCUGUCUUUGGGCUUGCACAAAGCAACAGGGCAUGGGUUUUGGAUAAGAGGGGUUCCUUUGGACUGCCAGGUCCAGACCCUAAAAGUUCUUAUAACUCACCUAAUGAGUGCUCCACAUGUUCACUCACUGUGCGUGGAGGAACUGAACCGGCUCCACUCUCCAGCCUCUGCAUGUUGAGGCAAAGCUGAGGAUGUGAUUACUACACAUGGACCAAGGUAACCCUGUAGAGCUUGCCAUGGAAUCGGAAACCCUGACAGAACAACUGUGCAGUGAGCUGCCGAUCCAAGUCACAGGCGUGCUUGCUGCUUCCAAGGCACCACAAAGCUAGUUCCAACACUGGGACUGCUGUAUGCCUACUAAGCAGAAAUACAGUACUGGCGGUACUCCCAUUCGGGAAUGCAGGGAGUGCCAUCGCUACUGGAUGUACACACUCCUUAGUAGGCAUGGAGCAGCCCUGCCAGGAGAAUUGGCUGGGCAUGCUUUAAAGUGCCUCAGAAGUAGUGAGCGUGCCUGUCACUUGGAUUGCAGUAUGGGGGCCAGGGUCCUCAAGUUUAUGGAAGUUCAACAUGCAGAUUGCUGCAUGAGUACAGAACUCCCAUGCUCACUUAGGCCCAAUGUGCAAAGGUCAGGGGUGGGUCCAGCUGGCACGAUGAAAUUGGGUGCCCAGCUGGCACAAUUGUACUCCUUUCCCAUGCACAGAAUGAAUGCAUGGAGCAUUUGUGAGCAAAGAGCAGAAGGCCUACCCAAAAGGGAUUUUUUUUAACAUUUCAUUACACAACACUCCAGCAAUGAUGCCAGGCAGAAUUUGCCUCCCAUGCAGCUAUUUUCAGGCCUGCACCGAGGAACUCUAAAGAGUUGACAAUGCGCUUAAUUUUCUCCUGUCACAGGGGUGCUUUGGUUCAAGGGCUUACUGUGUAUCACUUCGAGCAUACAGUGGAUUAAGAACUGCAGAUGAAUGAUGGAAAGUCUGUGCCACUUGGGAGGCAGAUGAUUACCGAACAGAGGAGUGCUGCCUUCCUAUGGGAUCUUAAAGACUGUGUGUGCGCAUGAGCCCUAAUGCAAUGUGACAAGCCUGUCACUUUCCUUUUUGUAUUUUCAUACUGCGUCCUUCCUUUUUAAAAAAUAAAUCAUUUCACACUGAGA